AUGUCAGUUCCAAAAGUUUAUUAUUAUCCAGUUAGAGGUAGAGGUCAAUUUGUUGUUGCUUUGUUACAUUAUCUUAAAGUCGAUUUUGAAAUAGAUACUACUUCAAAUGAGCAAAUUAAACCAGAAACCACCUUUGGCCAAGUUCCAUACUAUGUUGAUGAUGAAAUCAAAUUAGCCCAAACCCAUGCCAUCGCCCGUUAUCUUGCCAACAAACACAAAAUCCACGGUAAAAGUUUAGUUGAACAAGCUAAAGUUGAUGAAAUAGUCGAUUCUGUUUGGGAUACUCUCAACCCAUUAUUAGCAGCUACCUUUGGAGGCAAUGAUAGUGCCAAAGAAGAAUACAAAAAGAACAAUAAGUUACACCUCUUCCUUGAUGUUUAUGAAAAGAAAUUAAAUGAAAACAAAUAUAUUGCUGGAGGGGAUGACUAUACUCUUGCUGACUUUGAUGCUUUUCUCGUGUACAACUACAUUGAUCUUUUAGGUUAUCUUACAGAUCGUAACAGCUAUCCAAAACUUGAAGAAUUAAGAAAAUACUUUACUUCACUUCCACAAUUACAAAAAUAUUUCGAAAGUGUUAAAAACACUCCAUUAUAA